GGCCAGAAGUCCAGGAGCAGGAAAACCAAAACGAUUGUAGCAGCGUUGUAGAAAUAAAACAGCAUCAACUCUUAUAUUUUUAAUUGCACAUAGCCAUUUAACAUUCACAUAAAUCAUCAUGAUUUUGUUGGAAAUCAACAAUCGGAUCAUAGAGGAGACUCUCAGCCUCAAAUUCGACAGCGCGAGCAACGGGAACAAGCCUGAAGCAGUAGAGGUUACAUUUGCAGACUUCGAUGGCGUGCUGUACCACAUCUCCAACCCCAAUGGAGACAAAACUAAAGUCAUGGUCAGCAUCUCUCUCAAAUUCUUCAAGGAGCUUCAGGAGCACGGAGCAGAUGAGUUGCUGAAGCGCGUUUAUGGAAAUUUCCUCGUGGCACCAGAAGACGGCUACAACAUUUCACUGCUCUUCGACCUGGACGCUCUUCCACCCAAUAAAGAGGAGAUGAUCCACCAGGCUGGGAUCCUAAAGAGAAACUGCUUCGCUUCCGUCUUCGAGAAGUACUUCAAGUUUCAGGAGGAGGGUCGCGAUGGCGAGAAAAGAGCCGUUGUUCAUUACAGGGACGACGAGUCGAUGUAUAUUGAGGCAAAGAAAGACCGAGUGACUGUUGUGUUCAGCACAGUGUUCAAGGAUGACGAUGAUGUCAUCAUUGGGAAAGUCUUCAUGCAGGAGUUUAAGGAGGGCCGCAGGGCGAGUCACACGGCUCCUCAGGUGCUGUUCAGUCACCGAGAGCCGCCUCUGGAGCUGAAGGACACUGACGCCGCAGUGGGGGACAACAUCGGAUACAUCACCUUCGUGCUGUUCCCUCGACACACCAACGCCAACACCAGAGACAACACCAUCAACCUCAUCCACACCUUCCGGGAUUAUCUGCACUACCACAUAAAGUGCUCCAAGGCCUACAUUCACACUCGCAUGAGGGCCAAGACCUCUGACUUCCUCAAGGUACUGAACCGUGCUCGCCCGGACGCUGAGAAGAAAGAGAUGAAAACUAUUUCGGGCAAAACCUUUUCUCGUUAAGGAAACGAUGUGCAAUCAAGAAAGCAGUGUUGGUGGACUCCAUUAAACUCCUCUGGCCAGUGAUGUCGAUCCUCCACUUGUAAUUUGCACCUCGACAGGGAGACCAAUAAAUUCCUUGCUUUGCAUUUAUAGGAUAAAUGUUAUUUGUAUGUCGGAUAAACGGUUUUUUGAUACGCUCUUAUGUUUCAUUGCGUAGUUGUCUGACGGUGUUUUAUUGACAUUAGACUGUCAUGCAGUAUUUUCCCUUUCCUCUUCCUUUUGCCGCCUCUGUUUCGCCAAAAGCAUCAAUAUUGGACAUCAUGAAAUGGUCGUGAAUAAACCAGUCUUCUAUA